AUGUCGUCGGGUGAAGGAUUUGGCGGAGCUGACUUUCCAGGAGCGUGCAAAGCUGGUAUCCUCGCUCAUCAUCGGAGGCUUCAGUAUAUCUGCAAGUUCGAGUUCAAGCGUGAGGAAGGUGAAGACCGCGACGAUCUAUUGACUCCCCCAGACGUUCUGGUCCGCCUUCCGACAUCAUAUCUAGCACAGUUUCCAGACGGGAGGGCCCAUCAAGAGACGACAACGGCCAGGUUUCGACGCCAAAAGACAGACGUACCUUUGCCGCAGGUUCUGCACCACGGCCGUGACGAAACACUUGGAAGACUUUUCGCUGACGCCCGUCCCGUUCCGAACCCAGAUAUUUCCAGCUCGGAGCUCAAGGACUCGUAUAGAAGAAUGGCCCGCUGUCUUUUGCAACCUCACAAACGCAACUUCUCACGAAUAAGAUCUCUGCUCGAAGACGAUUAUGGCAGCACCAGCGUGGCCGGGCGCCCAGUUACGCAAAACAUGAACAAUAUGCUUCAGCUCGCCAACAUGCCACGAUCCGUGCUUCCGAAGCAAAACAAAAGGUUCGAUACGGCAGACGAAUGUUCGCCCAGAAACCUCCCUGGUGGAUCCUACUCGACCAACCCGAGAUGCGGAAGAUUGGACUUGGAGGCUGAAUGCGGGACUACGAGCCACAUCUCCAAGUGUUUUUGCAGGCCAUGGAGGAGCAGGGAGCAGGGUUUUUCAGACUACAUGACACAUUUGGUUUGGCGGAAUCCAUGAGGGAGAGAGCUGAAGAACCGGACGAUCCUGGCUAGAUUACGCAGCGCGACGGAGUUGGGCUUUUGACGCAAUAAUUUGGGCACGUCUUGAUGAGAGAUUUCAUGACAAGGC